AAUAACAAGUAUUCAACAACCAUGACCCACUUUCCUGCCUUUGUUUGCCAUAUUUAAGUUUGACUUCUCGUACACAACGUCAUGAUCGCACGCAUCCUUUGAGUCGUUGUAAUCUGUAGAAUUCUUGGGUGUUAAAAAAGAUGAAGCUAUUUGGCAUUCAAGACAUGUUGAAGUUGUUUCAUUUGCUGUGUGUUGUACCUAUUGCCAACGGCACUUGGAUGUACAUGUCAAAGGUGUAUGCUCUUGGUGCUAAAGUCGUUUGUAACAACGUUGUUGGUCUAGUGGGAACACAGCAAACGUUGUGCAGAGAAAAUCCUGAAGUAAUGAGAAGCAUAGGGAGAGGUGCAGAGUUGGGGAUUGAACAAUGUAAAAUAAGAUUCAAGAAUGAUCGUUGGAAUUGCUCCACCAUAGAUAAAGAUACUUCUUUGUUUGGAAAGCUUAUGCGUAAAUCCAACAAAGAGACAGCUUUUGUCCAUGCUAUCACGUCAGCAGGUGUGGUGUAUGAAGUUACGCGUGCUUGUAGCAGAGGUGAAUUGAGAAAGUGCAAUUGUGAUAAAAAAAUGAAAAAAACAAAUAAAAACGACGACUUUAAAUGGAGCGGAUGUAGUGAGAAUGUUGGUUAUGGAAUGCAGUUUGCUCGCACUUUUAUUGACUCCCGUGAAACACAGCAGGAUCCACCAGCCUUAAUGAAUCUUCACAACAAUAAAGUGGGACGACGGGCUGUGCGCCGUUUGAUGGAGCUACAAUGUAAAUGUCACGGUAUUUCAGGGUCAUGCGCAAUGAAAAGUUGCUGGAAAAAAAUGAUGCCAUUUGAAGCGGUUGGAAAUUUACUCCGUCAAAAAUAUCUAAAAGCAAUCAAGGUGACAAUGGAUCAAGCAGGGAAAUCGCUAACGAAAGUAAAUAAAAUGAAAAAACCUUCUGGUGAGGCGAUGGUCUUUUUAGAAAAUUCUCCUGAUUAUUGUGAGGCAAACAAAGCAAUCGGUUCUGCUGGCACGGGAGGGCGCGAAUGUAAUAGGACUGGGACCGGCCGUGGAAGUUGUGCUGUACUUUGCUGUGGUCGAGGGUUCGAUACAAUUGAAGUGGACGAUGAGAGUAAGUGUAAGUGUAAAUUUCACUGGUGUUGCUACGUAAAAUGUAAGAAAUGUCAUUAUAAAAUUGACAAAAACUUUUGUAAAGUCCCAGCUGCGGAAAGUAUGAACACAUUUGGCUAUAGGCAGCCUCAAACACAUCGCAGGAAACCAAGGGAGACUAUGUCCUACAACUUGGAAUUUAAAUUUUCCUAACAUGUGCGGUACGGAUUUCCACGAAAACUGUAAUAUUGUAGAGAAGUAUCCUACAAAGAGGUGACAGUGUUGAUGAAAGUGUAUCGUCACCAAUGUGUGCUUGGUAGAAUAAAGGCAUAUAUGGAUGUUCAAACAUUGCAUCAUUAUACGACAAUGAUGUUCGGAAAUCACAUUUUAAAAAUACUAUAACACUACACAAUAUGAAAAAAUUUAGCGCGAACUAUUGGUACAAUAAAUAUACCUCCCAAUUUUAUUUCUUGUCUGAAAGCUUCACUUAGCAAUGUACAUAUAUGUGUUUAAGCAUCCUGGCAACUUAUUUAUUACGCAAAAUACAGAAAAUGGGAUAAUCAGUUAGGAA